ACACACUUUAGAUAAGGACAAUUAGUCACUAGCGAGACCAAGUAGGAAGAGAGGUUUAAAUCAGAGGGAUUGAAUGAGGGUGCUCUGUGCCUUCCCUGAAGCCAUGCCCUCCAGCAACUCCCGCCCCCCCGCGUGCCUAGCCCCGGGGGCUCUCUGCUUGGCUCUGUUGCUCCAUCUCUCCCUUUCCUCCCAAGCUGGAGACAGGAGACCCUUGCCUGUAGACAGAGCUGCAGGUUUGAAGGAAAAGACCCUGAUUCUACUUGAUGUGAGCACCAAGAACCCAGUCAGGACAGUCAAUGAGAACUUCCUCUCUCUGCAGCUGGAUCCGUCCAUCAUUCAUGAUGGCUGGCUCGAUUUCCUAAGCUCCAAGCGCUUGGUGACCCUGGCCCGGGGACUUUCGCCCGCCUUUCUGCGCUUCGGGGGCAAAAGGACCGACUUCCUGCAGUUCCAGAACCUGAGGAACCCGGCGAAAAGCCGCGGGGGCCCGGGCCCGGAUUACUAUCUCAAAAACUAUGAGGAUGACAUUGUUCGAAGUGAUGUUGCCUUAGAUAAACAGAAAGGCUGCAAGAUUGCCCAGCACCCUGAUGUUAUGCUGGAGCUCCAAAGGGAGAAGGCAGCUCAGAUGCAUCUGGUUCUUCUAAAGGAGCAAUUCUCCAAUACUUACAGUAAUCUCAUAUUAACAGCCAGGUCUCUAGACAAACUUUAUAACUUUGCUGAUUGCUCUGGACUCCACCUGAUAUUUGCUCUAAAUGCACUGCGUCGUAAUCCCAAUAACUCCUGGAACAGUUCUAGUGCCCUGAGUCUGUUGAAGUACAGCGCCAGCAAAAAGUACAACAUUUCUUGGGAACUGGGUAAUGAGCCAAAUAACUAUCGGACCAUGCAUGGCCGGGCAGUAAAUGGCAGCCAGUUGGGAAAGGAUUACAUCCAGCUGAAGAGCCUGUUGCAGCCCAUCCGGAUUUAUUCCAGAGCCAGCUUAUAUGGCCCUAAUAUUGGGCGGCCGAGGAAGAAUGUCAUCGCCCUCCUAGAUGGAUUCAUGAAGGUGGCAGGAAGUACAGUAGAUGCAGUUACCUGGCAACAUUGCUACAUUGAUGGCCGGGUGGUCAAGGUGAUGGACUUCCUGAAAACUCGCCUGUUAGACACACUCUCUGACCAGAUUAGGAAAAUUCAGAAAGUGGUUAAUACAUACACUCCAGGAAAGAAGAUUUGGCUUGAAGGUGUGGUGACCACCUCAGCUGGAGGCACAAACAAUCUAUCAGAUUCCUAUGCUGCAGGAUUCUUAUGGUUGAACACUUUAGGAAUGCUGGCCAAUCAGGGCAUUGAUGUCGUGAUACGGCACUCAUUUUUUGACCAUGGAUACAAUCAUCUCGUGGACCAGAAUUUUAACCCAUUACCAGACUACUGGCUCUCUCUCCUCUACAAGCGCCUGAUUGGCCCCAAAGUCUUGGCUGUGCAUGUGGCUGGGCUGCAGCGGAAGCCACGGCCUGGCCGAGUGAUCCGGGACAAACUGAGGAUUUAUGCUCACUGCACAAACCACCACAACCACAACUAUGUUCGUGGGUCCAUUACACUUUUUAUCAUCAACUUGCAUCGAUCAAGAAAGAAAAUCAAGCUGGCUGGGACUCUCAGAGACAAGCUCGUUCACCAGUACCUGCUGCAGCCCUAUGGGCAGGAGGGCCUAAAGUCCAAGUCAGUGCAACUGAAUGGCCAGCCCUUAGUGAUGGUGGACGACGGGACCCUCCCAGAAUUGAAGCCCCGCCCCCUUCGGGCCGGCCGGACAUUGGUCAUCCCUCCAGUCACCAUGGGCUUUUAUGUGGUCAAGAAUGUCAAUGCUUUGGCCUGCCGCUACCGAUAAGCGAUCCUAACACUCACGGCUACCAGUGGGCCCGCUGGGCUGCUUCCAUUCCUCCACUCCAGUAGUAUCCUCUGUUUUCAGACAUCUUAGCAACCAGCCCCUGCUGCCCCAUCCUGCUGGAAUCUACACAGACUUGCUCUUCAAAGAGACUAAAUGUCAUAGCGUGAUCUUAGCCUAGGUAGGCCACAUUCAUCCCAGAGGAAAAUGUAGACAUAACCUGUACCUAUAUGAGGAUAAAGGCAUGUGUAUAGAGCAGAAUGUUUCCUGUCAUGUGCACUAUGAAAACGAGCUGACAGCACACUCCCAGGAGAAAUGUUUCCAGACAACUCCCCAUGAUCCUGUCACACAGCAUUUGAACCACAAACCCAAACCUUAGCCUGCUGCUGCUGCUGCCCUCACAGGAAGAUGACGAAGGAAAAAAACUGGGUGGACUAGCAAAAACCCAUCCUCUCCCAA